AUGGAUGAAAUCAUGGAGAUUCAAAACACUAAUAAAGGCGGUGUAAAUCAGGCCCUGGAGGAAGUUUCAAGCCCGUAUACACUGUUCACACAGCCGCAGAAGCGCCUCCUUAUAGCCUUGCUCGGAUUCGCCACCAUCACCUCGCCGCUGACUGCUACAAUCUACUUCCCUCUUCUCCCCCUUCUGAGAGAGCACUUCCACACGACGGCACAGGCUAUCAACUUAACACUCACAAUAUACAUUGUGUUUCAAGCGAUAUCGCCAGCGAUAUUUGGACCAUUGUCUGACUCAAUGGGCCGAAGACCAGCGUGUCUACUUACUCUGACACUUUACAUGGCUGCAAACUUGGGUCUCGCGCUGAAUACUGAGAACUAUGGCGCUCUCAUAGCGCUUCGAGCAAUACAGAGUCUCGGUGCAAGCGCGGCAUAUGCAAUUUCAUUUGGCGUGGUGGCUGAUGUGUGCGUGCCGAGCGAGAGAGGCAGGAUGCUGGGCCCCGUCAGCAUGGCUUUGAACUUGGGUGCUUGUAUUGGUCCUGUCGUUGGUGGCUGGGUCGCAUACUCCAGCGGAAGUUUCGAGUGGGUCUUCUGGGCGCUGGUCAUUGUUGGUGGUUUACUGUUGGUCCUUGUGGGGACUUUCCUGCCAGAGACGGCGAGGCCUUUGGUGGGCAACGGUGAAGGACGAGUGACUCUGCCUUGGUGGAAUUGGACCUGGCUUAAGCUUGCUAGUCUGUUCCUCAAGAGAGAUCGAGAAAUCAUAUCCUCUCAAAGUGGUAAGAACGAGCAACAUCAACCAAGUGACGCUGGAAAUUCCUGGAAAUUCCAGGUGGGCAAUCCACUGGCGUGCUUGCGUAUCAUUUUCCACUUGGACACUUUUUUGGUGCUUUGGAUGCACGGAUCGUUCUAUACCGUCGAUUACUCGCUGGUCGCUGCGAUCCCCGACAUCUACAGCCAGAUGUACCAUUUUAAUGAAUUCCAAAUUGGACUGGCAUACCUGCCCCGUGGCAUUGGCAUCAUUAUUGGAGGCUACUGUAUCGGCAAAGUCAUGGACUACAACUACAAAUCUACAGCAAGGAAGAUUAAUUGGACCAUUGACAGCGUAUCCGGCGACAACUUGAAAGACUUUCCGAUCGAACGAGCACGAGCCCGCGGCAGCGACUGGCUAUUACUCGUUUCCACGCUUGGGCUUAUUGGAUACGGAUGGGCUGUGCACUACCAAGUCCAUGUGUCAGUACUCCUGAUUCUGCAGUUCAUGCAGGGUUUCUGGGGGACUUGCUUCUACACGGUCUAUAAUACCCUGCUGGUUGACGUGUUUCCAGAGAGUCCAAGCACGGCGGCGGCAGCAGCCAGUAUCACAAGGUGCGCCAUGGCGGCUACGGGUGUUGCGGCCCUGCAGCCAUUGCUCGAUGCUGCAGGGAGGGGCUGGUUCUUCACUGUAUUGGGCCUAUGGAGUGGUGGCUUCGGCGCAGUAGCUGUAUGUUGUAUCAAGAACAGAGGGAUGGGUUGGAGGAAACGGCGUUUGGACAAGGCUAGUGUUGGAAACCACAUGGACUACUCCCUACAAAAUACCGCACGAGGUUGA